AUGCCCACCCCGGACCCACCCUACGCCGAGGACAUGCCACGCCGGGACUGCCCCAACUUCUACUACGACCAAGAGGACAUCCUCUUCGCCGAGGUCUCCCGGCGCGGCGGCGACGUGAGCUGGUCCGUGCACCGCCACAACAUCAUCCUCGGCUUCUCCCCACGGAGCGCCAUCAACGUCGUCCGCAGCCUCUGCGUGUACGCCGCCAUCUGCUGCAAGGAGGGGGUCGCGCUGCGCUGGCCGGGGUACCUCGGCUCUUGGGAGAGCUUCAGCAACGCCUCCGGCGCGGACCUCAUCGCUGAGCAGCACAUCUGGGCGGCCGUGGACCCCAUGGCCAAGAACCAGGCGUUCAACUGCAACAACGGAGACCUCUACAGCUGGAAGAUGCUGUGGCCGAUGCUUGCGGCUCGUUUCGGGCUGGAGUGGACUGGGUACGACGGGGAGGAGAAGCAGUUCAAGGUGUCGGAGGCCAUGGCCGGGAAGGAGGCGGUGUGGGCAGAGAUCGUCAGGGAGAACCAACUCGUGGAGACACACCUCCACGACGUUGCCGAUUCGUGGCUUAUGGUCGUCGUGGUGUAUGGGUACGGCACCAAUUGGAAGCUUUUGGACAGCAUGAACAAGAGCAAGGAGCACGGAUUCCUCGGCUUCCGUGACACGUUGAAGUCCUUCAACACAUGGAUCGACAAGAUGAAGGCCUACAAGAUUAUUCCUUGA